AUGGGCGGCGAAAUCAAAGCAGUGCUAAGUGAUAAAGCGUGUGCUUUCCCUCCUGGGCUAUUCCAUCACGCCAAAGUGUACAAUGGGGUUGUAUACUGUGCCGGUCAAAUCGGCGCCGACGUGCAGGGAAAACUGGUAUCUGAAGACAUCAAGGAGCAGACUGCCAAGACGUUUGCAAACCUUUCCGCCAUCUUGGAAGCGUCUGGUAGUGCGCUAGAGCGUGUGUUGAAGGUCAAUAUUUAUAUGGUGGAUAAGGCGGAUUAUGCGGGUAUGAAUGAAGUGUAUAGUAAGUUGAUGCCAGAUCCAAAGCCGCCGAGGGCCUGCGUGUUUGUUCAGGGCUUGCCUGGAGGGGCUAAGGUUGAGAUUGAGUGUGUUGCUGCGGAGAUAUAA